UACGGCUGUCGUAAGCCAUGGUAGGAAUUAUUGUGGUUCCGUUUCUGUCUUCAUUCACAAGUCAGCGCAUAAUAAUAAUUAUCGCAGAUGAACAGUGCCUGCACCAACUGCCAAGCCAUGGUAUAAAAGCGAUAAGGAGAUGAAACACUGGAAACGAGCAUAUGUUUCAUAGCGGAUGGGCGCGGUCAAGUAAUUCGUUAUGCAGUUAUGCACUAUGGAAGAAGGUGUUGACCAGAAUGCUGCGGCACGCGACGAUGCCACCUGGUGUUCCGUACAACUCUUGUUGGAAGUUGUUGUUGAUCGGUCGAGCAUAAUUGCCACGUUAACAGAAAUUAGCGAGAUAUGAUUCUUUAAGCGGACGAUCCAUUUGUCGGACCAGUGAACGAUUUAUUAUUAAUGAAUUGACGCAAUGUUUCUAGAAAAAAGCCCCUGCUCAGGAGUUGUACGAGCAAGUAUUUUAUUCAUUGGACUUGUUGGAAAAGGAUUAUUUCGGGCUGCAGUAUUCGGACACGCACCAAGUGAAACAUUGGCUGGAUCCGACAAAAACUGUAAAGAAACAAAUGAAAAUUGGUCCACCCUACACUUUAAGACUCCGUGUCAAGUUCUAUUCUUCUGAACCACAGACUCUUCACGAAGAACUAACCAGGUACCAAUUCUUUUUGCAACUGAAACAAGACAUACAAACCGGUCGGCUACCGUGUCCCUUCGAUGCUGCUGUUGAGCUGGCUGCUUAUAUUCUGCAAUCGGAACUCGGUGACUACGAUCCUGAUGUGCAUACAACAGAAUUUAUCUCCGAAUUCCGAUUUUUACCAGAAGAAGAGCAGACCGAAGAAAUGGAGACUGCCAUUGUAGAAGCUUACAAAAAACUUGCGGGUCAAACUCCGGCUCAAGUUGAGUUAAGCUAUCUGAAAAAGGUUAAGUGGCUAGAAAUGUACGGUGUGGAUAUCCAUAUUGUAUACGGCAAGGAUGGCAAUGAGUAUAUGCUUGGAUUGACGCCAGCCGGAAUAUUGGUCCUCGAAGGGUCCGCUAAAAUUGGAAUGUUCUUCUGGCCUAAGAUUACACGCUUGCUGUUUAACAAGAAGAAGCUGACAUUGGUCGUGUGGGAAGAUGAUGAUCAAGGCACGCAGCAGAUUGAGCAUACCUUCGUUUUUCGGCUGCGCAACAAAAAGGCCGCCAAGCAUCUAUGGAAGUGCGCAGUGGAGCAUCACACGUUUUUCCGCUUAAGUGGCGCCCCUCAGGCUCCCAGCGCACGGCAGAACUUUUUUCGCAUGGGAUCACGUUUCCGCUACAGCGGUAAGACUGAGAUCCAAGCCACGCACGAGAAUCGUGCUCGUCGCACUGUCCAGUUUGAGAGACGACCCAGUCAGCGCUAUUCACGGCGGUCUUCAAUACGGCGACCGCCGAUUCCCACAUCAUCUAACCCGGUGAUCAUCACUCCAGCGGUUACUAAGCCACCGGUCGCGGCGUCCGAACCUGCCGCUGGAACUGUUGGGGUAGUGUCAUCAAAAAUGUUCAGUCCUCCCCCGCCAGCGCUACCACCGAAGAGUGCAACACUUCCGGCACCGCCCCGUCAAGCUUCUAUGUCUAGUUCGUCAUGUGAAGUGAUCGCCGCCACGAUUUUACAUGUAGGUGACAGUCCACCUCCGGUUCCUCCACGAAGCAGUACUCUUGACACCAAAAGAAGUCCAUCGUUGACGGAAAUCGCUCUCAGAGAAGAAAAACCGCUGUUGCAAAUAAAUAGAGCCAUAGAUUUUAGUGGUAGCAAUUUGACUACACCGACUGCCUCGUUGCGACCGGCAAGAUCACAAACUCUUUUGACCAGUCCGAGUUGGCCCGAUCAGUCGAAAACCGACACAGUAAAUUUGAAAUCGGAAGAAAUUAAGCGUGCACCAGCGUUCAAUGAAGCGCCAUCGGAGCGGACAACAACAUUAGCGGUUGUGGACAUACCGAUCGUCAAUCUGAGUACAUUCUCAACGUCACACGAUCGUAAUCCUCCUCCAAGAGAAAUCAUGGGAUUCAAAUUGACUCCUGAUAUGAUAAAACCAAAGGAUCCCCCGAAAGAACUAGUCAGCAUAUUGAAAAGCUCGGAUACACACAAUCUAACGCCGUCCUUGAAGCCCAAUAAUGGAUCAUCUCGACAUCCGUCGAGUGAUUCAGGCCGCGCUUCACCUCGCAGCAGCCCAUCAGCGUCGCCGUCGCCUACCUCGAGUGCCCUGUCAGCGGUAACCGCGCGCUGCAUCGAAUCUCAAAGUGUUCUGGUUCCGGAUACAACUGAUUGCGAUACUGUUCCGUUGUUGUUGGCUUCAUGUGAAGAAGAGCAUGAAGAAGAAGUCGCGAAAGCUCCUGUGCGGUCGGAUACGGAAACUGAUAUAUUGCUGGGCACGGAAAACGCGGAGUCUGUUGUUAACUCCACAGAGGAUUAUUCUGAGCCGACGCUUGUUAAUUUGUUUGAUGAAUACGAUAUAAUUAUGUGCUGCAGUGAUAGUGCUGCUUUGCUUGAUAAUGUUAGUGAGCCUAAAGAAGAUGCUUGCGAAGAGCAUUCAGUACAGAUGCAUGAUCCGUCUCUUAAUGGCUCGAACGGAGUGAGUCGAUCUGGUUCCGGUGCAUCUUCCGGCUCUACAACUUUACCGCCCAAUAACCACCGUAGUGGCUGGACACCGUCCGAGAUUAAGUCCGCCCUGCCGAUAACUUCCACAUUGAAAUCUGAGCCGAGUCGAUUUCGUCGAGUAAUCACUACAGAGCUCUAACGUUUAGUGCAGCGUUAUGAGCAUAUUUGCGUUUAGCAGCUUGUUGCGUUUUGGUUAGCUUUUUGUCUUUCUAAUAUUCCCUAUGUACAAUUUGGAGUACGCCGCUGUUUGUGUUGUUUGUAUUUUACACACGCGGCAGUUCUCAGGGUUAAAGCAUGUGCACGUAGAAUUUUUGUCUGAUUUCGUCUUUGUUAUCUUUUUCAUGCUUUCUGUUUUAAAAUUUUCAACACUUUUGACUUUUUAGUCAUCUUUCGUCCUUGAAUGUACGAGUAUAAAGGAAUACCGGUUUGAA